GAAUGGACGCCGUUGCCAUCGACAUUCUGAAAUCAGACUAAUACAAACGCGAAUUUGAGCCGCAUUAACACGAUUCAUAGCCAUUUCGCUUCGGUUACGACCUAAGACGUUUUCGUCUGUAGAAACGACUGUAGCUGCGCGUGUUUUCGCCGAUUGUUGAUCAAAGAUGUCGGAGGAGCAGUUUCUGGGCGAAGACCCGAUGAUGAAGAUGGAGGAAAAUGAUGAUGGAGAAGGUUUCGGCGAAGAGCAGAUGUCGGGGGAUAAUGGAGGACAGGGAGAAGCCGAGGGCUCCAAGAUUGAUGCCAGUAAAAAUGAGGAGGACGAAGGGAAAAUGUUCGUUGGAGGAUUGAGUUGGGACACAACAAAGAAAGACCUGAAAGAUUACUUCACCAAAUUUGGAGAGGUGGUCGACUGCACCUUGAAACUGGAUCCUUUGACAGGCAGGUCCAGAGGAUUCGGCUUUGUUCUGUUUAAAGAAGCUGAAAGUGUGGAAAAGGUGAUCACUCAAAAGGAGCACAAACUGAACGGAAAAGUGAUUGAUCCUAAAAAAGCAAAGGCCAUGAAGACUAAAGAGCCUGUGAAGAAGAUAUUCGUGGGAGGACUUUCUCCAGAUACCCCAGAGGAGAAGAUUAGAGAGUACUUUGAUGCCUAUGGAGAGGUGGAAUCCAUUGAGCUGCCAAUGGAGAAUAAAACUAACAAAAGACGUGGAUUUUGUUUUAUAACAUUUAAAGAGGAGGAGCCGGUAAAGAAAAUCAUGGAGAAGAAGUACCACAACAUUGGGUUAAGCAAGUGUGAGGUGAAGGUGGCGAUGUCGAAGGAGCAGUACCAGCAGCAGCAGCAGUGGGGUGGAAGAGGAGGAUACACUUCCAGAGGGAGAGGCAGAGGAGGUCCCAAUCAAAAUUGGAACCAGGGAUACGGAAAUUACUGGAAUCAAGGAUAUGGAAAUUACGGGAACUAUGGCUACAACAAUCAAGGCUACGGUGGAUACGGGGGCUAUGAUUACUCGGGUUACAACAACUACUACGGAUAUGGUGACUACAGCAAUCAGCAGAGCGGCUACGGCAAAUCCCAGAGACGAGGCGGCCAUCAAAACAGCUACAAGCCGUAUUAACGUUAAAACUCCCGCCACCAAGCGAAAAAGCGCUCAGACGGAACGGAGAAUCGAAAGACAAACCAGAGAGGAGAAAACGAAAGGGCGAGAUGUCGACAGUACUACACUUUGGUCGCCAAUUAAAUCAUCAGUUGUGUUCAGAUAUUAAUAUAUAUAAGAAAAGCACACACUAAACUUAUUUUAAGUGUUAUUUCGCAUUGUGAAGUGUCUUGAAUUUCGUUUUUUUUUUUUUGCGUUUACGUUUGUUGGUAAUAUGUAUGUUUAUAAUCAUAUUUCCUGCUGUGUUGAGUACAAUGAACCACAAAAAAACGAAUUAUUCGUAUGCAGAUCUAUUAGUUUAUUGCGUAGGCCGUCUAAUAUUCAUUUCUCAUUGCAGUAUUUCGCUACAGUCAUGUAAACCAUUGAAAACAAAUGCAACUAAAUAAAGUCUAUGAACCUUAA